CUUCACGUCACGUCCGUACUUGAACUUGAAUGCCAUUCUAUUCUUUAGAGGCAACCCCUGCCACACACACACAGACACACAGGGUCCUCCCUGAGAGGGGCUUGUCGGACGUGAAGGCGAGACGUAAUAGCACGGGUCCUGAUUGAUCUGGAAAGGAGGUGUUGUCUUCACAGGGACCGCAGGAGAGUUGAGCCAUUCCGCGCUCUGAUGCCAAGCGCACGUGGAGGACUGUGCCAAAGACUCUUCUCACCUGGCGAGCCCGUCGUUCACGGACUUUGGAUUCCCAGAACGGCAGGACAACAGCUUUUAAUUGUUUUGUUUGAGGGCUUUUUAAAGACAGAGCAGUUUAAUUGAUAGAGUGCUUUGGGACCCAAGUGAGACUAAAUCGAUUGCUGCGAACCGGAGAUUUUUACGCAUAGCUAUCUCAGGUCAUCUCCUAGUUAAGGACAAACUGAUUCUGUUCAGAGAGGACACGUGUUGGUGUUUAACGUGAUCACGAGUAAAUAACCCGAGAGCGCAGUGGAGCAGUGCGCGGACUGUGGAGGAAAGUUUGGAGAGCAGCGGGAUUUGCGCGCACAUCAGUCCGAGUGGCCGUGAGAUGCUGCUGUAAAUGCUGGGGCAAUGUCCCGACGCAAGCAAGGCAACCCACAGCAUCUGUCCCUCACCCUGAGGGAGGACACAUCGACUACAGCCAAUCACGAUGCAGGGACGGAACAGUGUCCAUUGGAUGUCUCCCUAUCCAGCCCUGUGGGUGGAGCCGGAGAAAGUGACCUGCUUACUUGCGGUCAGUGUCAGACUAACUUUCCUCUGGGAGAUAUCCUAGUGUUUAUUGAACACAAGAGAAGACUGUGCCCCGGACCCAGCGCGUGUUUUGACAAACCCGCCGACUGCGGGGGUUCCCCGUCCCCCAGACCCUCACGGACGGAUGUCUGCCGUAGGCCUGGACCAGUGGAGGUUGGGAUUCAGGUCACACCAGGAGAGGAGGAAGAGAAACGACUGACUCCUGCCAGAGGAAUCUGCCCUAAGCAGGAGGGCAUCCAUACAGGAAAAGAUGAGCCCUCCAGUUACAUAUGCACCACGUGUAAGCAGCCCUUCACCAGCGCUUGGUUCCUGCUGCAACAUGCACAGAACAUUCACGGGAUACGGAUCUACUUGGACACCCACCCUUCUAGCUGUUCUCUUACACCACGCAUGGCACUUCCUCCACCGCUGGGAGCUGACUCCCUGCCCCGUUCGCCUCUUGCCAGCUUUCUUGGUGACAGCAGCAACCAUUUCCAACUGUUACGUAUGGCUGCGCCACUGUUACGAGAGCCCCCACUACCCGGAUACAUGGAAGCUCGCUUGCCAUCUACCCCGCCCUUUUUGAGUCCUCCACCACCCCGCUAUCCUCUAGAACGCCUCGGCCCAGACGAGAUGGGGAUCCUGUCCCAGCAUCCCAGUGCUUUUGAGCGGGUAAUGCGUAUGACCCCUAUGGGCAUGGAGCCAUCGAUGGGAUUCUCUCAACGCCUUCGUGAAUUGGCAGGCAACAACAGCAACGGUGGUCCAACCCCCCCACUUUCACCUAACCGUGUACCCCCCAUGCAUCGGCUUCUUAGCCCCACCCACUUCCAGCCUGGCUCCAAACCUCCACAUUUCCUCACCACACCCCCACAGCCGCCAUCGGUUCCGUCCAGAGGCAAUUCCUCGCCGCCAUUAAAUCAGGUUGGCAAAGGCAAGUCCUGUGAGUUCUGUGGCAAGACUUUCAAGUUCCAAAGCAACUUGAUCGUGCACAGACGAAGCCACACUGGCGAAAGGCCCUACAAGUGUCAUCUCUGCGACCAUGCGUGUUCACAAGCCAGCAAGCUAAAGCGCCACAUGAAAACCCACAUGCACAAAUCCGGCUCCAUGGGGAGUUCACCUGAGCAGGGAGCACAGGACUCCGCCGGAGAAGGGCGGAAAAACAAUGAGAACAAUGGAACAAGGGAGGGAUUAGAAAAUGAGGAGGAGGAGGAAGAGGAUGAAGAAGAAGAGGAGGAGGAGGAAGAAGAGGAGGAACAACAAAAUGGGAGCAGGCCUGAGUCCAACCUGAGCGUGGAUUCAGAGAUUAGCAGGAACAGAGAGAAUGGCCAAAGACCGUCCCCUGUGGAAAAACCUCUGGCCACCAACAAAGUGACAGAAAGCCAAUACAACAACCUCGACAAUCACUUGAGACUUCCACCAGCUAACAGGGCACGUGAGGAGAGGGACAGAGAAUCGUCAGGCAUGCGGAUCGACAGAGACGGCCGGCCGAUGGUGAAUGGCAGAGGCUGCGGCCCAGAGGAUUCCUUUUCAGCAUUGUUCCAUCGAAAGCCCGUGCCUAUUUCCAGCCCCAACCUUUCUGGAUCCUCCGCCAAGAGAAUCAAGGUGGAGAAGGACAUGGAGCUGCCUCAGGUGCCCAUCAUCUCCCCUGAAAACGUGUACUCACAGUUGCUGGCCGGCUAUGCUGCAUCCCGCCACUUUAUAAGAGAACCCAUCCUAGGAUUUAACGACUCUAGGCAGUCACCGUUUGGAACUUCUUCCGAGCAUUCCUCAUCUGAGACGGGCAGCCUGCGCUUUUCCACCCCGCCAGGGGAAAUUCUGGAGGGUGGCGGGAUGUCUGGAAGAAGUGGCUGCAGCACACCCCACCUCCAGCUGCGGGGUCCAGGGCCAGGGAGACCACCCAGCUCCAAAGAGAGCCGCAGGAGUGACACCUGUGAGUACUGUGGCAAGGUGUUCAAGAACUGUAGCAAUCUGACCGUACACCGGCGCAGCCACACGGGCGAGAGGCCUUACAAGUGUGACUUGUGCAGCUACGCUUGUGCCCAGAGCAGCAAGCUCACCCGACACAUGAAGACUCAUGGGCAGUUUGGCAAAGAGGUGUAUCGCUGCGAUAUUUGCCACAUGCCCUUCAGCGUGUACAGCACCCUGGAAAAACACAUGAAGAAGUGGCAUGGAGAGCAUUUGCUGACCAGUGAGGUCAAACUUGAGCAGGCUGACAGAGCUUGAGACCACAACAAACGCACUGCAUUAUGGGGUUAGCUUAAUAGUCUUUUUCUUGACUUGAUUUUUUGUUUUUGGAGUGUUCUGAUGUUUUGUUUUUGAGGAAAAACAAACUGCCACCUGAGAAGCAAGAAGACAGGGAAGCGUUCAUCUGUGGUUCUAAAAACGCUUUCUUGCAGUUCCUAGCAACUAACCGAGGAUUAGUCCAUUCAUAAUUCAUGGAGCCUUUCUACUGUGCAAUAAUUUCUGUAUUUAUUGGAUUAUUUGUAAUGAUACAUGGCAUGUGCAGGUACAUUAUCGAUGGGUUUCUAAUGCGUUCAGUUUCUGAAAUUAUAUUUCUAUGCCCCAUUUUACGAUGUGAUGACGAGUACUGAGAUGUCGGCAUUAAGCCAGUUUUGUGUUUUUAACUGUUUCCUCAAAGGAUUAAAAUGGGUAAUUUCUUAACAAGAGGUCGACCUCUAAAAAUCUGAGAACGUUUUCAUGUUGUCGUUGCUGUCACUGGGUGAUAUACGAAAGACAUAUGUAAAGCACUGAAUGUCACUUUGACAAUAAAAUAUUAAAGAAAUUUAGGGGGCAAAAACCCAGGGAUGUUUUAAGGCAGCUGACAGGCAGUUUGACUGCAUUUGAAUGAUUUUUCUGUUGAGACUCACAGUACAAAUGACAACAACAAGAGUUCCUUUUUUUUAUAAACAGUGUUGUGGCACUAGUGAAUUUUUUUUUUUCAAAAUGCUGAUUUUACCCCAGAUUUUACUUUUAAAUGUUUACAUUUCCUUCCAGUAACCUUCAUCCGUCUUCUUUUUCAUUCCCAAGUGCUUUCCAGACCUAGGAGGAGGCUAAAUUCCCUCAUAUGCUAAUGGUAUUAUAAUAUGUUUUGUGUGCAUUCAUGACAUUGCCAUUCGAUCAUUAUUAUUUUCUAUAUUUUAAGAUGAAUUCACAGGCAUUCACACCAAUUUUAAGCACAGGUGCUCACCUGUAGAACUUGUCAUUUUAGUAAACACACACAUCCCAUUCAUUUGUGACUUUCUCUCCACCAUCCUGUGCGUUGUUGAAACCGCAAUCACCGAAUUGUGUCGGGGCUCUCUGGGGGCCCUGCCUCUUCUCUAAAGGAUCCUGGGAUUAAAUGAUUUCCUCAUUACGGCCUCUGUUCCUACACACAGAGUCGCCUCCACCUGCCUCCUUUCAUACACCAUCAGCUCAAAUUUACAUGGCAGCCCUCGCCUGCUCCUCACACGCACACCACAGUUCACUCUUUGCAUACAUGCUGUUUAUACCAGCCUACGGUUCAUAUUUAUUUAUUUGUUCUGAAAGCAAAUCUCGUUGAAUAAAACCUUCAAUUGGAGCCAAGGCUGCACAAGUUAACCACUUAGAAACAAUUUGCAGAGCAAAAGAUAGAUGUACAGCACAAGAAUAUUUUUGAAAAUAUGGAUUUGUCGUAUUUUAUCACCUAGUUCUCAGAUACUUUGCAAAGUGGAAACCAUGUAAACCAUGGAAGUGGCCAUAACGCGAAAGAAAAAGGAAAUGUAUUGUAGUCAAGAAAGUGUGUCGGAUUUAAGUGUCACCAACGUCUUUCUGAGACACAUCGAACAAGACAACACGGACGUGCCUCAAACUAAUGUUCAGCCUUUAUCCUCUGACAUAGAUUCUUGCUAUAUAGUGGAUGAAAGCAACCCGAAAGCAACUGUUACCAACAGUACCAUUAUUUUUUUUCAUUUAGAGGAAUCAAAUCGAGCCGUAAAGGAUGAAUAUCCGCUUAUUUGGGAAAUGCAAAGUGUUUGUAAGGAAAAGUCUUAACACAUAGAUUCUUUUGAAAAAAGACUAAGCCAUUUCAGUCUACUAGACAGUUAUUGACAGUGCGGGUGAAACAAUAGAAUUGCGUGUAAAGAAAAAAACUAUGACACUGUCUUUAAGUGAUGUUUACAGUGUUGAAGUGUAACGAUACUGAGCUCUUCUGUAUAUGUGUUUUAAAUGAGAUCGAAAUGUUUUGUCCUCUGUUUUUCUACAAUUUUGAAUAUCAUAGCAGGGUUUUCUUCUUUGGUUUCUUUUUCGGUGCCGGUAUUUCCGUAAAUUUCUAUGGAUAUAUGCGCGUGUAUGUUUUGGUCAUUGUUAAAUACUCAGUGUAUUUGUAAUUUUAGUGGCAUUUUAUGAAAUGAUGCAAAAAAUAUCCUUAUAUUUUACAGUCCAUUAUGAAAUUGUGAGUCUAUUCAAAUGUUUUGUCAUUAUAUCUGUUCAUAAUUUUGCUAAUUCCAUCCACAGGAGGAUGUAAAAAAAUGAAAUAAAAAUGAUUAAAACAAAAAAUCAAUUCAA